AGAUUUCUCUUUAUGAUGUUAAGACUUAUCGGUAGUACAAUCCUAUAAUCCAACCACAGCUAUCUGUUAAUCCUUCUUUCUUACAUCAACACACACAUAAUCCAGUGUAACUAAGAAAUAUCUCCAGUUUUAAGCAAUUGCUAUAGUCCAUAUUCUCCCCACGUUGUCUUCGUCUACAUAUAGUUCCUCGCUUACAAUGCGUAAAUGCAAGAUUUUUGUUGGUAGUUCCCACCCUGAACUAGGUAAAUUAGUCUGUGACCGUCUUGGUGUCGAACCUGCUCCAUGUACCCUCAAGAAGUUCUCCAAUGGUGAAACCUCGGUGCAAAUCGGGGUAUCAGUUCGUGAUGAAGAUGUUUAUAUUAUCCAAUCUGGUUCUCCUCAUAUAAAUGACCAUAUAAUGGAACUUUUGAUUUUAAUUUCUGCCUGUCGCGGUGGUUCCGCUAAUAAGAUCACAGCCGUUAUUCCCCAAUUCCCAUAUUCUAAACAGCUGAAGAUGAAGAAACACAGAGGAGCAAUCACAGCUAGAAUGCUUGCUAACUUAUUGAUUAUGGCUGGUGCUGAUCAUGUCGUUAGUAUGGAUUUGCAUGCUUCCCAAAUGCAAGGGUUCUUCACUAAACCAGUGGAUAACUUGUUUGGUGCUCCAACUUUAGCCAGAUGGAUCAAACACAAUAUCAAGGAUUGGAACCUUAGUGUGGUUGUUUCCAAGAACCCCGGUGGUACUAAGCGAGUUACUGCCUUGGCUGACUCUUUGAAAAUUAAUUUCGCCAUGAUCCACACUGAUAGAAGAAGAACCCAAGAUGGGUAUUCUAAACGCAAGAGAUUACAAAAAUCCAACACCACCAUGACUGUACACGAAGAACAAGAAGAAGAAGGUCAUGAAGAAGAAGAAGUCGAUAAUAUUGUUUCCGAAUUACAAACUGCCAGAAUAGUCAAGGGCCAUGUAGUCAAUGAAGACGAAUACCUUAAUGGAAGUGUCAGCCACAGCAGAGCCAAUAGCACCAACACUAGAGCUAAACCUACCCCUCUUGACAAGUCACAUUCACUUUUAGAUAGUGAUGUAUUGGGUGGUACUUAUGACGCUGCUGAAAGCGACGACGAUGAAGAUGAACCAGAAUCAUUAGCUCAAGAAAAGUUGAUCACUUUAGUUGGGGAUGUCAAGGACAAGGUUGCUAUCAUAUUGGAUGAUAUGAUUGACAAGCCAACUUCUUUCAUUGCUGCCGCUGAACAUUUACGAUUAAACUGUGGUGCCAAGGCCGUCUACCUUAUUGCCACCCACGGUGUUUUCAAUGAUUCCUGUUUAGAAACCUUGACUGAAAGCAAGUGCAUUGAUAAGAUUGUCGUUACCAACACCUAUCCAAUUGACACUGAAUGCAUGGAAAAAUUCAGCGAGAAAUUAACUGUCAUUGACGUAUCACCAAUCUUUGCCGAAUGCAUAAGAAGAGACCACUUCGGGGAAUCCAUUUCAGUAUUGUUUGACUCGUUAGCUGCCAUUGAAUAGGCUCAGGAGUUUUAUAAAUAUUUAUAUUGUUUUGUUUGUUCUCACUUCUGUAAGCUUUCCAACGAUGCAGUCACUGGACUGCAGGACAUAUUCUCCUUGGUUUUAACAACCAGGAAUAUAGAGAAUACUGGACUAACGGAGCGUUGGUAUAUUGUAAAUCUCCAAUUAGUAUAUUCAACUAUGCGAUGUGUGAUGUCAACAUAUAUUGCAGUAGGAUGAAUAUUGGAACAUUCCUUGUAGUAUAAGUUUUAAGCGCGUAUCAGUUUUAUCCAUUUAGAGAAAAGUUCUCGAAUAUUAGAGUUUUUGCUUUAUAGCUUCUCUUGAAUGCAUAGCAAAUCUAUGAAAUACUUAUGUGGAGUAAAAACCAGAGUAAAAAAAUUAAAAAACGACGAGCUCUUAUGUUACUACAUUCCACUAAGGUUUGGCAUAUUCGUAACUAAUGUAAUCUGACCAUGGCUGUGGAGUAAUUUGUCACUAUCGAAUGCUGCUAAGGUUAUUUUUCAGGAGGAUAAAAAUUUAAUGUUUUGAUGUGUUAAAGCGAGGUUGACAUUUUGUGGAAUGGCCCAAUAAAUGUGAUGUCGCUAAACACGCCAGUUUUACCAAAACAUUGCUUGUUCUUUACAAAACUAAUUGAGGCUUUAAGUUCAAUAACCUUGCACUUAAACCCUGAGAUAGAGGGUCUGAAUAAUUAUUGAGUCAUAUGGUAUAUUGCCCCUGGCGCGUCAGGGUUGUUGUGCAGCAGACAGACACCACCUUUUUCUUUUUUUGGGGGUGGGGGAGGGGCUUUGCAAAAAACUACAGAAUUAGCCACAUUUAAAAAAAAUUUAAAUACCAAGAAAUGUUUGCACUUUGCCCGAUAUAACAAUUGUCUCAUAUAUAUAACUUAUAUCUAAUUGCUGAAUAUAAUCAACACCCUAUGUCUGACUUUUAUAGAGCUGCAAAUAUUU